AUGUCCGAAAUUUGGAAUUAUUUUGUGAAAACGUCCACAAUAUCCGCUGAGUGUAAAAUAUGCGGUUCAGAAGUUCCACGUCGCGGUAAUACCACCAAUUUGAAAGUUCAUCUCCAGAAGCAUCCGCAGAAGGACAAAACGCUAUGGUCGCAAAAUGCAUCCAAGUGUCAGGAUCAGGAACAAGAUUUGGCUCAACCUCCUACUCCCAGUACAAGCUUCGCAUCUGCAGAACCAUCCACAUCGGCAUCCACAAUAGAUCGAAUGUUUAAAGAAACGCAACUUUGGACAGAUGAUGGACCGAAAACCAGAGAAAUUAACGAAGCGAUCGCAUUCAUGAUUGUGAAAGAUUAUCAACCGUUCUCGAUUGUUGAAGACGAGGGCUUUGUUAAUUUAUGGAAAAUUCUGGCACCUAAAUACAAAAUUCCCAACCGAAAGCUCAUGACAAAGCUAGUUGACGACAUGUAUUCGGAAGUGGUCGAGUGUGUCAAAACAAAAAUUCAAGAUGAAGACUUGACCAUUACUGCCGAUAUCUGGACCGAUAGCCAUACUACUAGGAGUUAUUUGGGAGUAACUUGUCACUUUUUGAGCCCUCAAAUUCCUACAAGUCUCCAAACGAUUGACUUGGGCGUUUAUAUCAUGAAUGAACGGCACAAUAGUGCAUACAUUUCAACUUGCUUUGAGGAAGUUCUUAAACAUUGGGCAAUUCCCAAAGAACACGUGGGCAUGAUUGUUACAGACCAUGUUAAAAUCUGUUGCGGAUACAUUCUCUGA